UUUUAACUCGUCGGCUGACUGAUGCCUUAGAAAAAAAAUCUAUCAAUCCUAGGGUGGAGUUUUUUUUUCCUCCACAAAGCAACUAUUUGCCUGGGACACGUGCGUGAACCUCUUCAAUUUGGCGCACUAAUCCUAAAAGGAGCCAUGAAGUGUUAAAUGGUAGAAACAGAGACAGCGGCGCUCAGACACCCGCACGCUGGGAGAGAGGGAGGAAACAGCGCUGCUCCAAUGCGUCUGUGCAACACAGACUGAAGAAAAAAAAAACUUAUCGACUCACAAAACCAAAACCUGCGCUGCGCAAUUAAUGCGUGAAAAUCCACUUUUUCUCCGGUUUUGAAGAAAAUAAAUAAAGAAAUCAAGCUGGCUCAGUGCGUGUCUCAGCAGCCCACUUUGACAGGUGCUCCUCACCCCCUUUGGAGGACUGUCAACAGCAAGAGGAUGGCAUCAGAGCUGGCAAUGAGCAACUCCGACCUGCCCACCAGUCCCCUGGCCAUGGAAUAUGUUAAUGACUUCGAUCUGAUGAAGUUUGAAGUGAAAAAGGAGCCGGUGGAGCCCGAUCGCAGCAUCAGCCAGUGCAGCCGCCUGGUCGCCGGGGGAUCCCUAUCUUCCACCCCGAUGAGCACGCCUUGCAGCUCGGUUCCCCCCUCGCCAAGCUUCUCGGCGCCCAGUCCGGGAUCAGGGAGCGAACAGAAGGCACACUUGGAGGAUUUCUACUGGAUGACCGGGUACCAACAGCAGUUGAACCCCGAGGCUCUGGGCUUUAGCCCGGAGGACGCCGUAGAGGCGCUGAUCAGCAGCAGUCACCAGCUCCAGACCUUCGAUGGCUAUGCCAGGGGGCAGCAGUUCGGCGGCGCAGCCGGGGCAGGAGGCGCCAUGGCCGGGGAGGAGAUGGGAUCAGCGGCCGCCGUGGUAUCCGCGGUUAUCGCUGCAGCCGCAGCUCAGAACGGGAAUCCCCACCACCACCAUCACCAUCACCACCACCACACAGGGGCACACCAUCCCUCCUCCGGGUCUCAAUCCGGCGGCGGCAUGGGGGGAAACCACCAGCACCUGCGCUUGGAAGACCGGUUCUCGGACGAGCAGCUGGUGACCAUGUCGGUGCGGGAAUUGAACCGGCAGCUCCGGGGGGUCAGCAAAGAAGAGGUGAUCCGUCUGAAACAGAAGAGGAGGACACUAAAGAACAGAGGUUAUGCCCAGUCCUGCCGGUACAAGCGGGUCCAGCAGCGGCACGUCUUGGAGGGAGAGAAGACGCAACUCAUUCAGCAGGUGGACCACCUCAAGCAGGAGAUCUCCCGGCUGGCCAGGGAGAGGGACGCCUACAAGGAGAAAUACGAGAAGCUGAUCAGCACCGGCUUCAGAGAAAACGGAGGAUCCAGCAGCGACAACAACCCCUCAUCCCCGGAGUUUUUCAUGACGUCAAGAAAAUUCCUCCAUCUGUGAUAGAGAGUUGUGACUUCUCCGCCCCACCACCCUGGAGUCUGAGAUAUCAUGACACUGGAAUGCUGAUGUUUCAAGAGCAACCUCCGGCACCCAGACUGCCAUAAAGCACAAUGUCUCAAAAGCGUCCCAACAGCGGCUUCAGGGCAACCAAUCCACAGAAUACCCAAAGCCAGAGUUCAAAAAUUAAACAAUGAUGAUAUAAAAUAAUAACAGGAGACUGAAAUCACUUUCAAAUUCUUCUACUACAACAAGGGAAGAAACACAGAAAUUAAAGAUCCUGGACUCUGGAAAAACAAUUCUCCACCAUCUGUAUUUGCUAUUCAAAUGGACACGAAUCAUCCCUUAAAAUACCUCCAAAUUGUAAUUUAGAUUCACCAGAUUAUAAAUUAUUAAUACGUAGGUUGAGUCAAAUAACUAACAGAAAAAAAAAUUAUGAUGUCCACACCCCUUUAGCACAUGCCCAGAAAUCAGGAUAUUGUAAAUAUUGUACAGAAAAACAAAUAGGGACAUUGAUAAGAAAUAAAAUUAUUGCAGAAUAUUGUAUAUAGCCAUAAGAAUCAUACCUCUAGUGUGUUUAUAUAUCCAUGAGUGUCACAUGCCCAUUACUCCUUAUUUCAUCUAAGCCCAAAAAGAUUUAGGCACAACGAUUAACCAACGCUCUCUGUAUCUCAAUAGGAAACAUCAACAUCUACGUAGAACUAGACAAGAGGAUACUGAAUUUAAUUGGAAAGACACAAUAUUUGCAAUAUAGUGCACUUUUGCUGGAAAUGGAUGCAUAUGCCAUAGAGUGUAUGCUUAUUAGGUAACCCUGUAUUGUUAGCAAGACAGGUCAUUUGCUUCUUUGAACUUUGCUCUUUUAAAUAGUUGUGAAAUGAAGACUUGAAAACGUUAUAAAAAGCUACUGAGACAAACAGAGAAAAGAACAAACUUUAAGAGAUCCCUGACAUCCUCCCAAAUCUUCUCCCGUCCCACACCUCCCAUUGUAAACUACCACAGCAGAGCUGAACACAACUUUAAUUUAUUCAGUAGUGUAUAUGAAACUCUCUCCUGUACUGUUUAUGUAGUGUGUUUUAGCUCCCGUAGACUUCCGUGGUUUGGCAGCUCUCUUGUAUUGUGCAGUACAGUUAACUUUUAUUCAGUUCAUACCUAACUGGACAUGACAGUGACCCACCAUCCUUCCUGUUUGGCUAGUCCACCUCCUCCACCUCCUCGUCGGUCCAUCAGAGGGCCUGUAUGCCUGCUGACCUCUCUGCAACCAGGCGCUCGCUCAGCUCCCACAGGCUGGAAGCGCUGCUCUGGUCCUGGGCCUGGAUGGACGGCAGGCAGCGGAAGCAGUUGUUGAAGUACAUGCCGCCUAACCCUUCCAGCUCCGGCGCUACGGCACAGUACACCGUAGUGGCUGCCCCUUGUUGCUGUGGACAGAGAAACACAAAGAAAGAGAUAGGAGUUCAGCAGGCGACUCAUGAGACUGAGACAAUGAGGCAGCGUCAGCCUUCGGGAGAAGACAAAAUACAGAGAACCCAUUUACUGACUUAGACAUUAGGACGUGCCCUGUCCAGAAAAAGAACAGUGGACACCGACUACAUCGAUACGUCCUCUGUCAGACACAUACAUCUACACACACACUAACACAGAAAUAGAGACAGCAGGACAGAGUGUCAACAGGAAGAAGAAGAAAAAAGGACUCUACAAGCCGUCUCUCCCCUCUUCCUGCAGCCCAUGAUGAAUGGGUCAUAUUACCAUGGGAACAGCAUAACCCCAUCACUGUACAUAUAUUUAUAUACAUAUAUUUAUUUAUUUAUUUCAAUACCCUGUGUGUACAGGACCUCUGGCUAUAUGGGACCAUAAGAAUGCUACACAUGUAUAGACUCACAGUGGCGAAUGUGAGAACAUGAAAAUUACACCAGCUCCUGUCUGGAGGAAACCACAGCUUUUAUGUAUAGUGUUAAAGAACAGGUUUUAUGCCAUGGUUAUGAAUAUGUAUAUUUUCACAUGAUGUGUAUAUGGGUUCAGCCAGGCUUUUAAAGUUGAGAAAAAGUAUUGGGAAUGAUGCAAAUACAAUUCUGUACCUAGGUGUUUAAAUCAGAAGUUGGAAUAGAUAAGUGAUAUUUUCGCAGACAACACACACACACACACACACACACACACACACACACACACACACACACACACACACACACACACACACACACACGGCUUUCCCUCGGGCUCUUUCUCAGUAAGUCCUCUCUCAUUUUUUUAAGGCAGGUUUAAAUCUGAAUAUCACUCAAGUCUCAACCCAUAAAUUGACUCUGUUUCAUGUUGUCUCAAGGCGAGAUGCACUGUAAAAGAAAAACAGUAUUUAGACGCAACCUGCUAAGUUCUCUAAUACACCCUGUCCCAUCAGUCAGUAAUUAGUAGGGAUAUUCUUGGAGGAGGGAGAUUUCUAUGACAUUUGAAAAUGAAAGUUGAAACUGCAGCAGAAUAAACACGUCAGAGAGAAUUACACACAUAAGCCAACUGCUCAAAGAGGAAUCUUUCAUGUUGCCGCUCUGGCUAAAAGCUGCUGUGACAGCUUCCCUGCAAACUCUGGGGCUGGAGACAACUUCUAUACGACCACAUGAAAUGGCUUGCCUCUUUAUCUCCCAAUGAGAGGCAGCCAGAAUGAGAUGUGGGGCAGAGAGAGUGAGAGGGAACACUGAUAUGGAGGCUGAGGACUAAUGUUUAGCACAGAGCACUGGCACACACUGAGACAACCCCAUAUGCGCAGUAGUCAAACAUGGGCAAGACACACAAACAUACAAACAUGCAUGAUGGAGCCACAUUACAUGCCAACUGUUUGAACAGUUUCCUAAAGCAGCUGUGAGACAAACACACAUGAAGUGGAAAGAUCCAUCAAGGUCUAAAGCAUUUAUACUUUCACAUGCAAGUAGAAAAAUGUGCACAUAAAUACAAAUACAAUGAACAAACUACACACACCAACCAGAUUCCAAGAAUUCUUUUUUUCUCAUCAACACACACCAAACCACAGACACACACACUCACACACAACCCCCUCUCAGCUCUUUGUAAACUUCCGCCAGGAGGAGCCCUGGUGUGUAACGUUGCAGCAGUAGAUUGAGUGUGUUUGAAGUGCAGUGUGAUGAGAGAGCUGGUAAACAGCAGAUGAAAAGGCAGCAUCUCCCUGUGUGCCGCUGUCUGUCUCACCUGCCAGUGGGGCGAUAACUUCAUCCACAUCACAUGUCGCCAUAUCAAACAAAUGCCAAGCAGUGUCUCUGAGUUGCAGGUUCACACACGCUCAGUUUAACUCAUCUCGCUCGCUUAGGGCAUCUGAUUUAGCUCGUCUGAGAGCUAAAUGCUUUUUAAACUCCACUGAAGAUUUCAGCGCUGCAUGCUCUGACUCGCUGACGCUCCCUUGAACUUGGCUGACUUUCAAAGCAGUUUGUUUGUGUCCAGUUACCAAACACUGGUCCUGCUGCUAGUUAAAAUAUUGAUAAAAAUUACUUUAACUUUCAUAAUCCAUAUUUAUGUGGCAGACUUCAUAAUCAUGUCUUCCGUAUUAUUUUUUUUCAAAAGUGCAAAGUCCAUUUCUGUCCUAGAAAAAAGCUGGGAGUCCAGCAAUGUGCUAUCUUUUUGGUGUUUAGCUCAUCCCCCUCACCACUUGACCCUGUAACCUCUGCAGAAGAUAAGGCUGAUGAGAUUAGGCAUUAACAUGCUCAACCACCCACCACAGCCAUCUAUCAUUGUGUGUGUGUGUGUGUGUGUGUGUGUGUGUGUGUGUGUGUGUGUGUGUGUGUGUGUGUGUGUGUGUGUGUGUGUGUGUGUGUGUUUGCAGAUAGGAGGCAAGGGGUGUGCGAGGUAGUGAGAAAGAGAACAAGAGGGUGUAUGCAGCAACAACCUCGAUACAUUACGCAAUUACACAUACACACAUACAGUAUUCAUAUGUGCAUGCCUGAACACGAGCAUGCACUUGCACACGAGCACGAACAGAUACGCAAAUAAACAUUUGGGACAAUCUACACGAAUAGGGUAUAUCACUGAACCAGAGUGCAUCAUACACAUCUGUGGUGUACCAGCCAUUUCUAACCCAUGUGAAACUGUAGAUUAUGCCUGUAAAUUUAGCUGUCUAAAAACUGAUGGAUUUUGCUGUGUGUCUUUCUAUCUUCUGCAACUAAAUGUGAAUCGUUUCCUUGUGUACAGUAGUAACAUCUGUGGUGUUUUAGAGUUGUUCUCUACUACCCAAAGCUGUAAAAUUGGACUUGACUGACAGGUUGACUUGACAGGAGACUUCUGACUGGAUAACACAAUAAUAAUAAUAAUAAUAAUAAUAAUAAUAAUAAUAAUAAUAAUAUGCAGCAAUUUGCCAUGUUGCAGGUUAUUGCAAAGGUUUUGUGUGCAUUUACAUUACUUAAUCAUUGUGAUUAAAUUCAUGAUUGUCGGGUUGCCCUGCCUAUUGCUGUGCAAAUGGCCUAUUCAGAAAGUCAGUAAUGUGGAUCGCUCCACCUACAUACAUUUAUAGAUAUUUCUUAUUAUUCUUUAAAAUGUCUAAUAAUUUCAGUGAUGAGCCUUUGUGUCAGCAAUGUAAAACAUUAUUUUAAAGGGUUUUGACUAGUGCCAUGUCAUUAAUUAGCACAGUCAACAUUCAGAGACCUUACUUGAGACUUGACCAGGACUUUUUUUUUUUUUUAACUUGAUACAAUUACUUGAGACUUCGCUUAAACAUUCCCCAAAAGAAAAACAGCUCUGCUAUUACCACACUGAUUUGGGGAGGGGAGAAGAUGGGACAGAUAAAGUGCACAAAAACAACCAUAAAUCUAAAAUGUUAAAAAAAAAAUAAAGAUUACUGCACCACAGCAAUAUGACAAACCAAAGGAGCAGGACAGUUUUUCUGUGUAUAUCUGCUUUUGAGGGUAACAAAAACACACCCAAAUGCUGAGAAAAUAACUUACAAAAGACCCUGCAAUAAGCUGACUGUGGAAAUACAGCAAUGGGUCUGCACUUAGCCUGGUAUCCACUACUACGGCUAACUGCUCUGGGAUCAGAUCCAAGUCUUCCAUCUCAGUAUCGACUAAAUACCCAUGGACCUCAUGGACUUGCAAUAGAAAUGUCCUUGUAUAGUGUUACGCAAUAAUCAGUUGCUGAAAACUCCAAAUUGAGCGUAUUCAUAAGCAAAAAGCGUAUGUGGUGGAGAUGUGAUGUUGUUGAAUUAACAGUAAUGUUACUUUGCUGUGUUCUGUUCUGUGUCUUCAUCAUCCAAGUUGUACUCAGCCAGAUGAGCUUUCUCUGACCCUAUGCAUGUGACCCUUCACCCCCACAUCUGUAGUUAUGACAUCGACCUCUCCCUCUGACCUGGAUGUAAAUAAACCCAGUACUGUAGAGCAGUCUGUUUUUGGCCCAUCCCUGUACAUACAAACCUGUAAAUACAAACAGCUAUGCAUGCUGAAAACCUAGCAAUUCUUUCAGGUACUUUUAUAAUCCCCAAAUUCUCAUAUGGCAUGUGCUGGAAAAAUAAGAAUACCUUAAAAAAAGUAGAAAAAAAGAAAAGAUUAAAAAAAAAGUUUAAAAUAAAUGAGUUGAUGAUAUUGUCAGGCAAUAUCUCUCUCGGACAGUGUGUGUAGAGUCUUCCUGUUUUCUUACUCCUGUGGGUGGUUCUCUUCCUUUGCCUGUAUUCUGUGUUUCUCCUCACCAUCUGUGGUAGUUGUUGUCAGUUGGCAUUUGUACAGCAGCGAGGGUUGAGGCAGAGCAGAAAAGAGAGGGGGACGUUCAUCAGCUGACCUCUGUGAUUGCACUCCAAUUCAGCAGCAGCAGUGCUAUAUGCUGGCAAAGCUAUAUAUGCCUGGGACACAAUUUGAAAACUUCAGUUCCUGGCAUGAACCAUGGAUCAUUACAGCAUAUGCCCAUGUUUGUCAUACGAAGGCCCUCUGGAUUUACAGCAAGUCAAGAAAACAGUUUUGGUUGGAAUCAAAAUUAGAUUUUUUAUUUAUAGUUUUUGUAGCCUUCUUGAAGUUUGUUAAGCUGUCAAUCACAGACAAGCAACAUUCGUUGAUUUGAAGUACCCACUGUGUAGUUCCAUAAGAUAAAAAAGUGCUGAUGAAUUCUUGCAAAUGCUAUUUUACCUGGUUUUAGAGAAAGACACAUUUUUUGAAAACAGUAAACUACAGAUUUCUUUUCUCAUCUGUAAGUGGUAAAAUACCUGAAUUCUCAAGGUACUUGAUGAAUAAAACGCAUAGAAUCCAAUGUAAUAAGGCUACAGCAUGCAUUUGGAAAUUAUUUCCUGGCUUGUAGCCCCAGUAAAGGGAUCAGAAGGAGUGCAGUGUUUGCCUCAGCCCUCUGCCCAGCCUCGUGGACUAGCUAUCCUGAAAGUGGGAUUCCAAAGGUAUUGCGAUUCUGUUUCAGAAAUGGUUUUUUUCAGCCUGUGAUGUUUCAAAUAGAUGGAGGUGUCUGAUUUUUAAUCUGUGCUAAAGAUAUUUUACAUUUAAUAAAUAACCAUUGAAAUCAAAAA